GCUGCGGCGGGCAGCGCUCGGGACACUCGGCCGUGUCGCGCUCUGGCCCGUACAGCUUUUUGAGCUUUCGCCAAGAGAAGUGUCCCUUCAAGGGAAAGAACGGUGGAACUAGAAAGCUAAAAGGGAGAAAUGACGGCUGUAAGCUGUGAAAAAUGAGGCGGGAGGAGAUGCAAGUAACUCUUAACAAAGGCUCUUUUCUGUUCUCGUGUCGUGAGUGCUGACAGAGGUGGAGUCGGUGAAAGGGAAACUCGAGACCAAAUGAGAUUCAGUCGGUGCCAGCUUGAAGAUAGUAAGAAUGUGAGCCCAGCAGAAUAAACAAAGUUAAGACCUUCAUAGUGGUAAAACUGGACCGAGCACUCAUAAGUCUUCGUGUCCAUGCACACUUCCUUUGAACAAAGCAGUGGAAAAUUUUUCUUGAAGAUGGUAUCCGAGAAAAAAAACCCAACAAACUGUGAAACUAUCUUCCUCCCUGCUCCCCCCAGAUGCUUCAUAAAAUAACUUACAAAGCAAACCUUCAGGAAUAAAAAUAGACACACCGUGAAGUGCUCGUACUCUGCAAGCAAUUUACAAGACUUUGGGCUACUACGCUGCAGACAACGUUAAUCAAAUCUUUUGAUGGACCACAUGCUUCAACAUUAAUCUUUUGGAGGUCUUGUUUACUGUGUAGACAAGGUGAAGGGAAUCAGAAUGCCUCUCAGUGAUGACCAGAACAGUGACUCAGAUUCUUCCCGCCUCUCGGAAAGCACAGCUUCUUCCAGCGACUCGGAAUAUUCCAGGCAGAGCUUUAACAGUGAUUCUUCGAGCAAACCCAGCUCCCCAGCGUCAGCAAGCCCUCCCAAGGUUAUCACAUUUGAUGAACUGAUGGCAGCUACAAGAAAUCUGUCAAACUGGACUCUAGCUCAUGAAAUUGCUGUAAAUGCAAAUUUUUGCAUAAAACAUGAAGACUACCCACAAAACAGCUUUGCAGGCACAGUGAAACAAAUUGUACACAAGGCAUUUUGGGAUCAUUUGGAAUCGGAACUGAAUGAAGAUCCUCCAGAAUACGAACAUGCUAUCAAGCUCUUUGAGGAAAUUAAGGAGAUUCUUCUUUCCUUCCUGACUCCUGGAGCAAACAGGAUUCACAAUCAAAUUUGUGAAGUUCUAGAUACGGAUCUUAUAAGACAGCAGGCUGAACACAAUGCUGUUGAUAUUCCUGGGCUAGCUAACUAUAUCAUCAACACUAUGGGAAAGUUAUGUGCUCCAAUAAGAGACAACGACAUAAAACAGUUAAAAGCAACUGACAAUAUUGUAGAGUUACUGAGACAAAUAUUCCAUGUUUUGGACCUGAUGAAAGUGGAUAUGGCAAAUUACACAAUUAAAAGCCUUAGACCGUACCUCUGGCAUAACUUGGUGGACUACGAAAGAACAAAAUUCCAGGAAAUUCUUGAAGAAACACCAAGUGCCCUGAAUCUCACAACAGAAUGGAUAAAAGAAUCAAUAGAAGAUGAAUUGUCAUCUAUUUCUGAUGAGUCUUCAUCAUCCCCUGGUGCUGAUGGUAGUUCAAAACCAAUUAUUAGUCCUACACUGGUGCUAAACAAUGGCUACUUGAAACUGUUACAGUGGGAUUACUGCAAAACAAUUCCAGAGACUCUAAUAACAGAUGAAGUUCGUCUUCAGGAGUUAAGAGAAAAGCUCAAUCAGUUAAAAGUCAUAGCUUGUGUUUCUCUCAUAACAAACAACAUGGUAGGUGCAGCAAUUGUAGAUGUGCCUGAUUUUGCUGACCAGCUGAAAAGGAUCUCCCUUCCUCUUCUUGAAGGCAUGAACAAGAAAAGUUUUGACUUGAUGGAGGCUCUGAAUGCUAUUGGCAUCCAAAUUUGCAGCACAGUGAACAAGUCUCUAAGUGAAAGAGGUCUUCCCACUCUUGGUGAAGAAAUGCAGAGUAAUUUAAUGGGUCAAAUUGCUCAUAUUGUUGAGAAGAAUAAUCCUGUCUGUUCCUUGAUUGACAAACGAAUCCAGCUCUUCAUGAGAAGCUUGCUUGCCCUUCCGAGUUUUCAGAAGUGUAUGCCUACUGUGCCAGGAGGCCUUUCUGUGAUUCAGACAGAGAUAGAGUUGCUGGGAUCUCAGUAUGCAAGCAUUGUGAACUUCAAUAAAAAAGUGUAUGGACCAUUCUAUGCAAACAUACUUAAAAAACUGCUUUUUCCUGAGGCAGCAAUGGAGAAAACAGAAGGAGUAACAUCUAACAAUUAAAAAAUGUACCCUUUUUUAAUCUUCUAAGACAAUAGGGAAGUCACAUCUCUAAGAACAGCCUACUCCAGUGACUGUUGAUGGGAAAAGGUUUUGUAAAAUGUAUAGAGAGUUUCUGAAAUUCACUGUAAAGAAAUUAAUGUCAAGGUCAUAUACAUAUAUUUUAAUAGAAAAAUAUUUGUUUAAUGGAUUGUCACUUACAAUAGCCAGUGAAUUUUUAAUUUCCAUAGCAAGCAUUUAUUGUGACUUGCAGUGGGAAAGAGCUGGCAAUGUACUAACUGUUUUGCCACCAUCAAAACAAUGUUAUUUUUCAAUUUAAAUGUAUUUACAUAUAGCAAUGCCUAUUAGGAAAUGACAAAACAACUAUAGAUAAAAUGUACUAUGCUUACAUUGUAUUUUUGUAGAGUAACAUCUCAGACAACAAUUAUGUUUCUGAAAGUACUUUGAAAAAGAAACUAUAGCAUAACUGCUUUAGUAGCCAAACCCAGGUUCAUACUCGGCCAAGUUCAGGUACUCCUGCAAUUACUGGACCCAGAACUUUGCAUCUGUUACAUUAAGGAAUGUCAGUGUUACAAGCUGUUCGCAGGAUAGUAUUAGUUACAGAAGCAGCAUUCACCACUUCAAGUAGGAAUCAUUCAGAACUUCUCAACUCUAAUUAAGAUUAAUGAUAAAUACCUAAGAAACCUGAUGCUGGGGGGGUGGAGUAAAUUUCUGUAUAUAGUGUUUAUUUAGUGGAGGUCAUACAGAUCUUUAAUACAUGUAUGUACUGGUUUUUGAUCUUAAUGGAUGGAUAUUAAGUAUUUUUAAGUUAGGUCUUUCUAACCUUUAUUCCCAAAAGCACUUAAGAUUGACCUUACAGUGUACCACAGAAGAACUACUCUUUUCAUGCCCUUAUCCAACAGAAUGUGAGUUUUAUCACAAGAUAUUCUUAGCCCUGAAAGCAAGAACCCAUGUAAUUAGUCAUUUUUGAAAAUAUUACUAGAUUCACUUUUUUUACAGAGUGUGUGAGAAAUGCUCCCGUUUUCUUCAAAUUUCUUUGACUGAGCCCCAAUACUUAGUUCCCAUUUAAGGCAUUGGGAAUCUUGCAUAUGCAAUCUCGAAAACAAAUAGAAUUGAAAUGGAGAAAUCUGGAAGUGAACUUCUUUAAGUUUACACAGGUUUUAUUUUGCAUAUUUCAGAUUACUAGGAUUAGAUAGUGCUGGAAUACAUAUUAUAGACAUGUUCUUGUCUAUUAAAUUGAAUAAUUUACUUGAAAAUGAUAUUUUAAUAUAUUACCAUAUAAUACUCCUUUUAAGAUGUCAUAUAUAGAAAACCUCAGUGUGGUACAAGUUAGAAGUAAUUUUUAAUAUUUUAUAUUACAAUCUAUUUUUUAUGAAGAGACAAAAAUAUCCUGUAAAAAUGUAAUGUGUCACACAAAAUGUUUAUGUACGUUACUGUGUCUAUCAUAAAGGUAAAAAAAAAAAACCUGGGCAUUAUUAGCACUGUGGUUUUGUAGUCCAUUUCUACAGGAAUGUGUAUCCUUUAUAGCAAAGAACAUUACUUCUAUUCAGUGGUUUUUCAGUGGCCAAGGACUUUGGUCACAUGUACAUGUUAAGGAAAACUUUCUUUGAAAUGCCUUUUUAGAGAAAUUUCUCUAGUGCACUUCUGUUCUAUCCCUUAUAAAAACAUUGCACAAAAUAAAAAUGAGCACAUAUUUUAAAGGGAACUGUUUGCUAGAAAACCUGAGAGAAAGGAACUCUUAGACUAUAACAACUGUGCCACUAGGUAAGCCAGGCUUGCUCAGAUGAAUAUGAAAUUUUGGUAGGCAAUUCAAAAUCAUUAAGAGAAAAAUACAUUUCAAAAGCAGGUAGAGGGAAUAAAUCGUAGUGAUUUGCUACAAUUUUAGCCAAAAGAGAAUUUUAUGAACAUUUGAAGGUGAUUGCUAAUAUGAUUAUGAACUUUUAAUUGUAAUAUUUUAUAUCCAUUCUAUUGUACAAAUAAAUGUUAAACUAUAGUUCCUUAAUGAGCUGGGAAAGCUGUCAUACUAGUUUUUACCAGUAAAUACUCAAAAUACAGCAUUUAUUCGGGGGGAUUGGUGUUUAGGGUGACUUGCAAAGGGCAUUUUAUAGCAUGGCCUGUGUCUUAAGUGAUUGUUUAAUGUGUUUUAAUUUAAUGUUUCAAACAUGGACAUUGCAUCUGUUUUAAUGUCAUGUGUUGCAUGCUGUUUAUGCUACUGUGGCUGAAAUGCACUUGCCUCUACUCAGAAAGCUGUCCUUGUGAAACAAGAUGCCAUUCUGUAGCAGCUUUGUUAAAAAACAAGUAUUUGAGGGUUUGUAUGCAUUAAAUUUUGUUUGUGAUACCAUCAGUGGUGAAAACUCAUUUAUACAAACUUUAUUAAAUGCAAUGGAUUGUUAAAUGCCAAAGAUA